UCAGGAAAUGAAACCAACAGUCGUUGCGGCUGAGAGGAGAAAUGGAGCAGCAGGCAGUUCAGCUCGACCGAGAAACCUUCUCCUGUCCGAUCUGUCUGGAUCUACUGAAGGAUCCAGUGACUACUUCCUGUGGACACAGCUACUGUAUGAACUGUAUUAAAUCCCACUGGGAUAAAGAGGAUCAGAAGAGGAUCCACAGCUGCCCUCAGUGCAGGGAGACAUUCACACUGAAGCCUGCACUAAAGAAGAACACCAUGCUAGCAGCUUUAGUGGAGCAGAUGAAGAAGACUGGACUCCAAGCUUCUCCUGCUGAUCACCGGCAUGCUGGACCUGAAGAUGUGCCCUGUGAUGUCUGCACUGGGAGAAAAUUAAAAGCCGUCAGGUCCUGUUUUGUCUGUCUGGCCUCUUACUGUGAGAAACACCUUCAGCCUCAUCAUGAUUCAGCUCCUUUAAAAAAACACAGGCUGGUGGAGCUGUCCGAGAACCUCCAGGAGAACAUCUGCUCUAAGCAUGACAAGGUGAUCGAUAUCUUCUGCCGCACUGAUCAGAAGUGUAUCUGUUAUCUCUGCUCUGUGGAUGAUCAUAAAGGUCAUGACACAGUGUCAGCUGCAGCAGAAAGAGCUGAGAGGCAGAGGGAGCUGGAGGAGAGACGAGGAAACAUCCAGCAGAGAAUCCAGGACAGAGAGAAAGAUGUGAAGCUGCUUCAACAGGAGGUGGAGGCCAUCAAUCGCUCUGCUGAUAAAACAGUGGAGGACAGUGAGAAGAUCUUCACUGAGCUGAUCCGUCUCCUCCAGAAAAGAAGUUCUGAUGUGAAGCAGCAGAUCAGAUCCCAGCAGGAAACUGAAGUGAGUCGCGUCAAAGAUGUUCAGGAGAAGCUGGAGCAGGAGAUCACUGAGCUGAAGAGGAAAGACGCUGAGCUGGAGCAGCUCUCACACACAGAGGAUCACAACCAGUUUCUCCUCAACUACCCCUCACUGCCAGCACUCAGUGAGUCUACACACUCAUCCAGCAUCAACAUCCGUCCUCUGAGACACUUUGAGGACGUGGCAGCAGCUGUGUCAGAGCUCAGAGAGAAACUACAGGACGUCCUGAGAGACUCAUGGACAAACAUCUCACUGAUGGUCACUGAGGUGGAUGUUCUACUGUCAGAACCAGAACCAAAGAGCAGAGCUGGAUUCUUGAAAUAUUCAUGUGAAAUCACUCUGGAUCCAAACACAGCUCACACAAUAUUGGUACUAUCACAGGGGAACAAGAAGGUGACAAGGAUGAAAAAACCUCAGUCUUAUUCUAGUCAUCCAGACAGAUUCACUGAUCGCUCUCAGGUUCUGAGUAGAGAGAGUCUGACUGGACGUUGUUACUGGGAGGUGGAGAAGAACAAGUCAUGGGUUUAUGUAGCGGUCGCUUACAAGAAUAUCAACAGAGCAGGAGAAGGAGAUGAAUGUUUAUUUGGAGGUGAUGACAAAUCUUGGGCUUUGGAUUGUCAAGAAAAGACUUAUAAACUGAUACACAAAAAAAUCAGAACCUCCAUCUCAGGUCCAGUUUCCUCCAGAGUCGGAGUGUACCUGGAUCACGGAGCAGGUGUUCUGUCUUUCUACAGCGUCUCUGAAACCAUGACUCUCCUCCACAGAGUCCAGACCACAUUCACUGAGCCGCUGCUGGCUGGAGUUUGGGUUGGCCCAGGAUCCUCUGCAGAGUUCUGCAAACCCAAAUAGAUUUUCUCUCUGAUUGUUGAUCAGGGUUCAUUGUUAUAACGUCUGAUGUUCUGUUCUUUAUUUUUCUGGUUUAAAUGUACAGGAGUCAAAGGAUAUCGCUACCGAUGUUUUCUUUCAUUUUAAUUUGAGAAAAAUUUCUCCUCAUGAAAAUCUAAACUUCCCCGGGCUAAUAAUUCUGCACUGAUAUUUGUACUGAUGUACUUAAAUGUUGAGUUUGUUUUAAUCAACUUGUCUUGAAAUUAAAUUAACUUGCUUCUGUUUUUUUGGUUGUGAUAGAAGAAAACGGAAACUAUUAACCUAGCCGCCUUCUUCUAAAUUCUUUAGAUUUAAAUUUUUAAAAAAAAAUGUC